UGCACCAAUGAUGUAACUUUCCUGAUAGGUCACACACACAAGAGUGGGGAGUUCCUGCGAGUGAAUCUAGUUUCAAUUCACAAUUCCUGUCACAUAGCGUUAUUCAUUCAUUCCCUUUUAGUUUACAUGAUGAUCCGAACACUGUUUCGCACCGGCGGGUCUCUCCUUCAGCAUAGCCGACGAACGGUGCCAAGGUUGUGGGUGUCCCCACUUCAGCAGCGAUGGGCCUCCAGUCUACCGAUGAACACGGUGGUCCUGUUUGUGCCACAGCAGGAAGCAUGGGUGGUGGAGAGAAUGGGUCGCUUCCAUCGCAUCCUAGAACCGGGGUUAAAUUUCCUCAUCCCGGUACUUGACCGAAUCCGCUAUGUGCAAAGUCUCAAAGAAAUUGUCAUCGAUGUCCCCGAGCAGUCUGCAGUAUCUUUAGAUAAUGUAACGCUCCAGAUUGAUGGAGUUCUAUAUUUAAGGAUCCUGGACCCUUUCAAAGCUAGUUAUGGUGUUGAGGACCCUGAAUAUGCUGUCACACAGCUGGCACAGACCACCAUGCGUUCAGAACUGGGCAAACUGACACUGGACAAAGUGUUCAGGGAAAGAGAGUCCCUUAACGCCAACAUUGUUCACUCCAUCAACCAAGCUUCAGACGAGUGGGGAAUCCGUUGCUUGCGGUAUGAAAUUAAAGAUAUACAUGUUCCACCUCGUGUGAAGGAAUCCAUGCAGAUGCAGGUAGAGGCUGAACGUAAGAAGAGAGCCACGGUGCUGGAGUCUGAAGGGACAAGGGAAUCAGCCAUUAAUGUCGCAGAAGGGCGUAAACAAGCUCAAAUUCUUGCCUCGGAGGGUGAAAAAGCGGAACAGAUCAACAAAGCGGCUGGUGAAGCCCAAGCAGUCAUAGCCAAAGCUGAGGCCAAAGCCAAGGCCAUCCGAGUUCUAUCUGAUGCCCUCGCUGAGCAGAAUGGAAAUGCGGCAGCCUCACUGAGCGUGGCUGAGCAGUACGUGUCUGCGUUUUCCAACCUUGCCAAAGAGUCCAACACUGUCCUUCUCCCGACAAAGACAGGCGACAUUAGCAGCAUGGUGACACAGGCCAUGACCAUUUAUGGUACAUUAGCAAAGGCAAGUCCGAAGAUCCCACCAGCAGAAGUGGAGGAGUGUGAAGAUAUUUCAAAUCAACCCGAAUCAAAAUAGCAUUUCAAUGACUUGCAGGAGUGGAAUUUUCAUGGACUCUUGUUUGCCGACUGUCACAUCAGCAAUUUGACUUUUGGAUGCUGCUCAUGUUAAUGAUUUACUGUGGGUACCAUCUUAGUUUUCUGUAAAUUAUGCCCGGUAGAAAUAAUUUAAGAUAUUUUGAUUCAUUUGUGCGGAAAUGUGAUUAGGUUAACUCAGGCAAGGCAAUCUUCAUACACUUCUUCAUGGAAGUAUAAGUGAAGAAGGCAUUUUUUUCUACUGCACUAGUUUUGAGUUGCAACAUAUGGAUGCCUCAUGUGGGAGUUCCUCAGUGUUUAGUAUAUGUAGUUUGUCAUGUUAAAAUAGCAGGCACCAAAAUAAUUUCAGACCAGUAAAAGAGGUAAACAUUUUUUUAAUCUGAAAUACUUUCCCUUUGUUCUGUAGUUAGAAAUAAACACUGUGUCCAACCUUCA